AUCGAUUGUUAUAUCGAUGGUUUUGCAGCUCUGUAUUGUCUCUAGAUCACACUGAACCGUAACUUCCUUCCUUUCUUUCCGAUACACCAUAAUGGCGGCCGUUGCUAAGAAGGAACCUAAAAUUAAGCGCGACCCGGCGAAGAACCCGAUGCGGGACUUGCACAUCAGGAAGCUGUGCUUGAACAUCUGUGUUGGUGAAUCCGGUGAUAGGCUGACCCGUGCCGCUAAGGUGCUGGAGCAGCUGACUGGCCAGCAGCCAGUGUUCUCCAAGGCCCGCUACACAGUUCGUUCCUUUGGCAUUCGUCGUAAUGAGAAGAUCGCUGUCCACUGCACGGUGCGCGGUGCCAAGGCUGAAGAGAUUUUGGAGCGUGGUCUGAAAGUGCGCGAGUACGAGCUGAGACGCGACAACUUCUCCUCCACCGGCAACUUCGGUUUCGGCAUUCAGGAACACAUCGAUCUGGGCAUCAAGUACGAUCCCUCUAUCGGUAUCUACGGUCUGGACUUCUACGUCGUCCUGGGCCGUCCAGGCUACAAUGUGAACCACAGGAAGCGCAAGUCCGGCACUGUGGGCUUCCCUCACCGCCUGACAAAGGAGGAUGCCAUGAAAUGGUUCCAGCAGAAAUACGAUGGCAUUAUUCUGAACAGCAAGAAACAGUAGAAGCUCUAAUCGUAACAAUGUUUUUUUAAGAUGAAUUCUACAAUAAACCUUGGAUUCUGUCAAAA